AUGAUCAAUGGCGAAUCGAAAGCAUCUGGUCCCAGAUCUUCGAAUUCUGCCUCAAAGUCGUUGUCGUCUUCGUCGUCUAAUUCGUUGGCUUCGGCCUCACUGAUGUCGCUAAAGUCGUCCAAUUCGAAAAAAGAUGAGAUUUGGAUUUUGGAUGCUUCGCUACCGCUAUAUGAUCUGUUAAAAGUGAAUGGAUGCUGCGGAGGCGAAGAAGGAGCGUUCAAGGUGGUGAACGAACUGGAUUCAUAUAGCGAUGGAUACUCGACAAUAGGGUCUGAUGUGGGCAAAUUUGGGAGAGGGCAUUGCUGA